CAGCGGGGUAUUCUCUUUUCAAGGUUAGUUGUCGUGCAGCAUCUUUCAGGUUGAGACAUAAAACACUGCGCAGCAGGCUUUUUCAAAUUAUGAUGUAACUAACCAUUAAAUUCAUCACAUUAUAGGUUGCUGACGAGAAGAAACUCAAGAAAACCGACGCCGAAGAUAUCUAUGAAACUUUCUUCGAAAAUAGCAAAAAGGCUUCGAAAUAUAUGUCUCUGCUCAGUUUUCAACCUUUCGAAGACACGGCCGAUGCUGUGACAGCAGCUACAAGCCUCUUGGAGGGCAAGGUAUCGAAGACUCUGAAGUCUUUUCUCAAGAAGAAAUUGAAAAAAGCGGCAUCAUCAUCAUUGGCAGUCGCCGACAAGACUCUUGGCGUUGCCCUCAAGGAUACAUUGGGAGACGGAACAAAAAUUGUUGCCGAUGACAAAACGAAUGAGUUAUUUCGAGGAUUGCGUUGUUACAUGGACGAGCUAUUUGACACUGACGGAGGAAUGCAAAAGGAGGACUUGAGAGCUAUGCAAUUGGGGUUGUCACACUCCUUGAGUCGAUACAAACUCAAGUUUUCUGCCGACAAGGUCGACACGAUGGUUGUUCAAGCUGUAGGAUUGCUGGACGAGCUUGAUAAGGAAAUCAAUACGUAUGCCAUGAGAGUGAAGGAAUGGUACGGCUGGCAUUUCCCCGAACUCCAAGCCAUAUUGAGUGAGAACGCUCAGUACUCCAAGUUGGUACUAAAAUGCGGAAUGAGACCAAACUAUGCCAAGACGGACCUUGGUGAGAUCUUAGACGACGAAACCCUCGAGGCUGCUGUGAAAGAAGCCGCAGAAGUGAGUAUGGGAACUGAAAUUGCUGAAUUGGACAUUAUUAACAUUCAAGCACUAGCAGAGCAGGUAUUAUCCAUGUCGGAAUAUCGUGCACAACUAUUCGAAUACCUCAAAAACCGAAUGAAUGCUAUUGCACCCAAUCUCACCGUUUUGGUUGGAGAGCUGGUGGGUGCCCGGCUCAUUUCUCAUGCUGGAUCGCUUAUGAACCUCGCCAAGCAACCCGCUUCUACAGUUCAAAUAUUGGGAGCCGAGAAGGCUCUUUUCCGUGCGCUCAAAACCAAGAGUGAUACACCAAAAUAUGGUUUAAUUUACCACGCCUCUUUAGUGGGCCAGGCCGCACCCAAGAACAAAGGAAAGAUCAGUCGCGUACUUGCGGCUAAGUGCGCUCUCGGUAUCCGUGUCGAUGCCCUUUCCGAUGAGCAAACAGAACAAACCGACACUACUGUUGGAUACGAGGGACGAGCUAAGGUCGAAGCCCGUUUACGGCAACUAGAGGGAGGAAGUGUCGGGGCAACCGACGGUAACUUAAAGGCAAAGAAGACUGCAAAAUACGAUCCAGUUGCAGCCAAGACCUCUGCAUCUGGGGCAAACUACAAUGAUUCUAGUGAUAUGAUAAUUGAUGAUGCUUCACCUUCGAAGGAAGAGAAAGAGAAGAAGAAGAAGAAGAAGGAUAAGCGCAAAUCAAAGGGAGGUGAUGACGACGAGGAAGAUGCCCCUAAGAAGAAGAAGAGAAAAGUAGCUGAUGAUGAUAGUGAUGAGAAGGAAAAGAAAGCAGAAAAGAAGAAAAAGAAAAAGAAGAAAUCCAUGUCUUAAGAAUGGAGAGUUGGGGAAUAUAAUGAUCUAAAAUGG